AUGUGCCAUCCAAACACGGGCAGCAGCUACCCCGGCGGCGGAGCACGCCCUGCGCGGGAUGCUCAGUGCAAACCACCGCGGGACGCUCCCUGCACAGAGCCGGCCCGAAGCAGAACACCCCUGCCCUGGCGCCGGCACAGCCCCGACAGCAGCCUCAUGCCGUGGAGCGCCGGGCAGGUGCCAAGGGCGAGGCAAAGGCCUGGGGGGCACGGCCGGGCUCGGGCUGCAACCCCCGCCCCACUCCCGCGCCCCCCGCCGCCCCUCCGCCGCGGCGGCUCCCGCACUGCCCUUGGCCGGCGCCGCGGCAGCCCGGGGGUCUCGGAGCGCUGUCCCGGGGCAGGGCGCGGCGCUGGGCCCGGCGGCCGCGGCGCCUCCCGCCGCCGUAAACACGGACACGUGGUGCUCGGCACCUCCGGGAGCCGCGAUCGCUUCCAGGUCAGCCGGACCCUGCGCCCUGCGGCGCUGCCGCCGAGCGGCUCCGCGGCUGCCCCGGCGGCGCUGCCGCUGCCCCCGGCCGGCCCGGCACGGGGAAGCUGGCCGGCAGCCCUCCAAGCCGGGCGGCUCCACGCAAGGUCCCUCCCGGGCAAGAUCCGGCCCCCGGGCGCGGUGGAGGUGACGGCCGGGAGCGGCCGCUCGGCAGGGCGAAGGGCUCCGGUUUCCCCAGCACACACCGCCAGCCGCCCCUCGGCGGGCCCCGUCCGCACCGGCUCCCCCCGGAGCCGGGGGCGCAGUGCCCCGCACUCACCGCGCUCAGGCCCCGCUCUGGCGUCCGGGCCCGGGACAGCCCGGCACGGCACGGCACGGCUCGGCUCGGCUCGGGGCGGGCACAGCCGGGCUCCCGGGCGGCCGCUUGGCUGGCUGCGCACUACAGGAAGGAGCAGAGAGCAGCUAUUUCCUUCCAAAAUGUCAGGUGCCUGCGCGGGACAGCCUGCCCCCGACUGCCGGCAGCCUCCUCUGCCGCGCUGCCUGCGGGGCGCCCGCUCUGCCCCCCGCACCUCCCCGGGGCCGCAGCAGGCACAGCCUCCGUCCUCAGCAGGGCAGUGGCACUGGGGCUGCCUGAGGGCCAGGGACGGGACCCCAGGGACGGGACCCCAGGGAUGGGACCCCAGGGACGGGACCCCAGGGACGGGACCCCAGGGAGCCAUGCAGGAGUUCGGCAUAGGGGAAGAUGGGACCCGCUCACCUGCACCCCCCAGCUUCGCUCACAGCCCCCAGCACACAGCCCUGGAGCAGAGCCUGCAGCGGGAGCACCCGGGUGAUGGACGCCGCCGGCACCGCACGGGGACGCCUCGCUCUGUCCCGGAUCCUCCCCUCGGCCCGGAACCGGGGCUCGAGCCGCCCUCCGCGGCCGCCGCUCCGGCGGGGCCCGCGUGCGAAAACCGGCCCCGCUCCGCCGGGCGAGGAGCGCCCCCGCCCCGGGAUGCGCCGCGGCACCAGGACGGGCCCGGGACGAACCCGCUGCCCCCUCGGAGCGGCCCCACUGUCGCCUCCGCCCGCCCAGGGGCCCGCGGGCCCAGCCGGGCCCCGCCGAGCCCCGCGCCCGGCCCGGCCGCGCCUGCCCGGGGUUACGAAACACCCACAGCGCCGACCGGACCGGACCGGACCGCCCGGAGCCCCAGCCCGAGCCUCGGCCCCGCUGCACCCCGCCCGGCCCUGCUGCGGAAGGCGGACGGGGUCCGGGAUCCGGGCCCGCUCGGUCCGGUCCGCUCCGGUCCCGGCGGCGAUGAUGGCUCCGCGCUCCCGCCCGCGCCCACCUGCGGCCGCGGCGGCGGCUGCGGUCCCAAGGAAAACUCCAAGCUGGCUGGAGGGGAUGUUACCAGGAGAAAUUCUUCCUUUCCAGAGGAAAAGAACACAGGAACAGUGACUGAAGCAGAGACCAAUGGAGAGGCUGCCCCUGGAUCUGCCCUGGAACUCCAUCCCAGCGAUGCCCCGAAGCGAUCUUAG